AUUUUACUUGGCGUCUAAGAUUAAGAAUCUUCCAUCUAACAACCAUAAGAUUAGGGAUAAUUACGAAAGAUAAAUCUCUCUCUCUAAAUUCCAUCCGUUAGAUGCUGAUCUUUCUCUUCCAUCUCUUUCGACGCGGAGAGAGAGACUGAGAGAACCAGAGCAGAAAUUUUCAGAAAUGGAUCAGAUAUUGAACAAGGUGGGCUCCUAUUGGCUGGGCAAGAGGGCCAACAAGGAGAUCGAUUCCGUCGGCGACGACCUCAACUCAUUAUCCACCAGUAUUGAAGGAGGAGCCAAAUGGUUGGUUAAUAAAAUCAAAGGAAAAAUGCAAAAGCCAUUGCCGGAGCUGUUAAAAGAGUAUAACCUGCCGAUAGGAAUCUUCCCUCGUGAUGCCACAAAUUAUGAAUUCAAUGAAGAGACUGGGAAGCUCACUGUUUUUAUUCCAGCAAUAUGUGAAGUGGGAUAUAAGGAUUCAUCCAAAUUGCGCUUCUUCACCGCUGUGACUGGGUAUCUGGAGAAAGGAAAACUGGCUGAUAUAGAGGGAAUGAAGACAAAAGUGUUUGUAUGGGUUAAAGUAACCAGCAUCACAUGUGAAGGAUCAAAGCUCUAUGUUACAGCCGGAAUGAAGAAAAACAGGAGUAGAGAGGCGUACGAGGUUUCCAGAGAUGGAGUAAGUGUAGAUAAGUUUUAAAAUGGUCAGAACGUCUGGACGACCGUACCAUUCCCCCCCCCCCCAACUUUUUACUCCCUUCUCAUAGCUUUUGAAUCUUCAUACUUUUGUCUCCAUAAUAAUAUAUGUUUCAGUAUUCAAGUGAAAAGACUGGUUGUCUUAAUGGUUGUUAUCUG